AUGAGCUGGAGGAGGAGAGUCAAGCUGGAGUUUCCCCAGACAAACUGUCGGAACAGAGUAGCCUGGGCUACUUGGAAAUCUGAGCACAGCCAACACGUCUUGGAGCAGCUGAACCAGCAGCGGCAACUGGGACUUUUGUGCGACUGCACUUUUGUGGUGGACGGUGUUGACUUUAAGGCUCAUAAAGCAGUGCUGGCGGCCUGCAGCGAAUACUUCAAGAUGCUCUUCGUGGACCAGAAGGAUGUGGUGCACCUGGACAUCAGUAACGCGGCAGGCCUGGGGCAGGUGCUGGAGUUUAUGUACACAGCCAAGCUGAGCCUGAGCUCUGAGAAUGUGGACGAUGUGCUGGCUGUGGCCAGCUUCCUGCAGAUGCAGGACAUCAUCACGGCCUGUCACGCCCUCAAGUCCCUGGCUGAGCCGGCUGCCAGCCCUGGGGAGAAUAUGGAGGCCUCAGCUGCGGAAGUGGGGGACAGGAGAGCCAAAGAGGAGAAGGCUGCUGCCACUGCGCUGAACGAGCUGGACCCAGCUAGGAGCAGUCUGCCUGCGGGCCCAGGCCGGGAGCCCAAGGAGGAGCGUGGCGGCCAGGCCGAGAGCACGGGCAGUGGUGCAGAGCAGACGGAGAAGGCAGAUGCUCCUCGGGAGCCUGUGGAGCUCAAGCCGGACCCCACGAGUGGCAUGGCUGCUGCUGAGGCUGAGGCUGCCUUGUCAGAGAGCUCAGAGCAAGAAAUGGAGGUGGAGCCAGCCAGGAAGGGAGAAGAGGGAGAGGAGGAGGAGGGCGCCGCGCCCGCAGUGGUCAAGGAAGAGGGGCUGCCGCUGGAGAAGGGUGAGGCCCCGGAGGAGAGUGAGGAGUCGGCCAGCACGGACUCGGGCCAGGAGCUUGGCGCUGAGGCGCGAGGCCUGCGCUCGGGCACCUACGGCGACCGCACGGAGUCCAAGGCCUACGGCUCAGUCAUCCACAAGUGCGAGGACUGUGGGAAAGAGUUCACGCACACCGGGAACUUCAAGCGGCACAUCCGCAUCCACACGGGCGAGAAGCCGUUCUCGUGCCGGGAGUGCAGCAAAGCCUUCUCUGACCCGGCCGCCUGCAAGGCCCACGAGAAGACACACAGCCCGCUGAAGCCCUAUGGCUGCGAGGAGUGCGGCAAGAGCUACCGGCUCAUCAGCCUGCUGAACCUGCACAAGAAGCGGCACUCGGGCGAGGCUCGCUACCGCUGCGAGGACUGUGGCAAGCUCUUCACCACGUCGGGCAACCUCAAGCGGCACCAGCUGGUGCAUAGCGGCGAGAAGCCCUACCAGUGCGACUACUGCGGCCGUUCCUUCUCCGACCCCACGUCAAAGAUGCGCCACCUGGAGACGCACGACACCGACAAGGAGCACAAGUGCCCGCACUGCGACAAGAAGUUCAACCAGGUGGGGAAUCUGAAGGCCCACCUGAAGAUCCACAUCGCCGACGGGCCCCUCAAGUGCCGGGAGUGUGGAAAGCAGUUCACCACCUCAGGGAACCUGAAGCGGCACCUGCGGAUCCACAGCGGGGAGAAACCCUACGUGUGCGUCCACUGCCAGCGGCAGUUUGCUGACCCCGGCGCCUUGCAGCGGCACGUUCGCAUUCACACGGGUGAGAAGCCAUGCCAGUGCGUUAUGUGCGGCAAAGCCUUCACCCAGGCCAGCUCUCUCAUCGCCCAUGUGCGCCAGCACACCGGGGAGAAGCCCUACGUCUGUGAGCGCUGUGGCAAGAGAUUCGUCCAGUCCAGCCAGUUGGCCAAUCAUAUCCGCCACCAUGAUAAUAUUCGCCCCCACAAGUGUAGCGUGUGUAGUAAGGCCUUCGUGAACGUGGGGGACCUGUCUAAGCACAUCAUUAUCCACACUGGAGAGAAGCCCUACCUGUGUGACAAGUGUGGUCGUGGCUUUAAUCGGGUGGACAACCUUCGCUCCCAUGUGAAGACUGUGCACCAGGGCAAGGCCGGCAUCAAAAUCCUGGAGCCAGAGGAGGGCGGUGAGGUUAGUGUGGUCACUGUCGAUGACAUGGUCACGCUGGCCACCGAGGCACUGGCAGCAACAGCUGUCACGCAGCUCACAGUGGUGCCAGUAGGGGCAGCAGUUACUGCCGAUGAGACUGAAGUCCUUAAAGCCGAGAUCAGCAAAGCUGUGAAGCAAGUGCAGGAAGAAGAUCCCAACACCCACAUCCUCUAUGCCUGUGAUUCCUGUGGGGAUAAGUUCCUGGACGCCAAUAGCCUGGCCCAGCAUGUGCGGAUCCAUACAGCCCAGGCACUGGUCAUGUUCCAGACGGAUGCGGACUUCUACCAGCAGUAUGGGCCGGGUAGCACGUGGCCGGCUGGGCAGGUGCUGCAGGCCGGGGAGCUGGUUUUCCGCCCUCGGGACGGGGCCGAUGGGCAGCCUGCUCUGGCAGAGACAGCCCCCACCGCCCCUGAAUGUCCACCGCCUGCCGAGUGA